CCUGGAGCCGCCGUGGCGGCGGCAGCUGCGGCUGCGGCUAGCCCUGGAUACCGGCUUAGCACGCUCAUCGAAUUUCUGCUUCACCGGGCCUACUCGGAGCUUAUGGUGUUGACGGACUUAUUGCCAAGGAAAUCUGAUGUGGAAAGGAAAAUAGAAAUUGUACAGUUUGCUAGCCGGACACGUCAACUCUUCGUUCGAUUAUUAGCUUUAGUAAAAUGGGCCAAUGAUGCUGGCAAAGUAGAAAAGUGUGCGAUGAUCUCCAGCUUUUUAGAUCAGCAAGCCAUCUUAUUUGUGGAUACCGCUGACCGCUUGUUGCCAAUGGAAGAUGGGCGAGCUUUGGUUCAUAGCAUGCAGAUCAACUUUAUUCAUCAGCUGGUCCAGUCUAGGCUCUUUGCUGAUGAGAAACCUCUUCAGGACAUGUACAACUGCCUACAUUGUUUCUGCUUAUCGCUUCAAUUAGAAGUAUUACAUUCCCAGACGCUAAUGUUAAUCCGAGAGAGGUGGGGAGACCUUGUACAGGUGGAAAGAUAUCAUGCUGGAAAGUGCCUCUCCCUCUCAGUUUGGAAUCAACAGGUUCUAGGGAGAAAAACAGGCACAGCAUCUGUUCACAAAGUUACAAUUAAAAUCGAUGAGAAUGAUGUCUCCAAGCCUUUACAGAUUUUUCAUGAUCCUCCUUUGCCAGCUUCUGAUUCUAAAUUAGUAGAAAGAGCCAUGAAGAUUGACCACUUAUCAAUAGAAAAGCUCCUGAUUGACAGUGUACACGCAAGAGCCCACCAGAAGCUGCAGGAACUGAAGGCCAUUCUUAGAAGCUUCAAUGCUAACGAAAACUCUUCCAUAGAGACUGCACUUCCAGCUCUUAUUGUACCCAUCUUGGAGCCCUGUGAUAAUUCGGAGUGCCUACACAUUUUUGUAGAUUUGCAUUCUGGAAUGUUCCAAUUGAUGCUUUAUGGACUUGACCAAGCCACUCUGGAGGACAUGGAAAAAUCUUUGAAUGAUGACAUGAAGCGGAUCAUCCCUUGGAUUCAGCAACUUAAGUUUUGGCUUGGACAACAGCGUUGCAAACAAUCUAUAAAACAUCUGCCUACAAUAACCACUGAAACAUUGCAGCUUGCCAACUAUUCAACACAUCCCAUUGGAAGCCUUUCUAAGAAUAAGCUAUUUAUUAAACUUACUCGCCUUCCACAGUACUACAUUGUUGUGGAAAUGCUUGAGGUUCCUAAUAAGCCCACACAGCUAUCGUACAAGUAUUACUUUCUGUCUGUGAGUACUGCAGAUCGUGAGGACACCCCUGUCGUGGCACUGCUGCUGCAGCAAUUCAAGGAAGACAUCCAGGACCUGAUGUCCUAUACAAAGAAUGGGAAACAGACCAGAACUGGUACCAAGCACAAGUUGUCUGAUGACCCAUGUCCGACAGAAUGCAAGAAACCCAAACGAUCAGGAGAAAUGUGUGCCUUCAAUAAAGUUUUAGCUCACUUUGUCGCUAUGUGUGACACCAACAUGCCAUUUGUAGGUCUUCGAUUGGAGUUGUCUAACCUGGAGAUACCACAUCAGGGAGUGCAAGUGGAAGGUGAUGGCUUCAGCCAUGCAAUUCGCUUAUUAAAAAUUCCUCCCUGUAAGGGAAUAAGUGAGGAAACACAGAAGGCCUUGGACCGCUCUCUUCUUGAUUGCACUUUCCGAUUACAAGGUAGAAAUAACCGCACAUGGGUGGCAGAGUUAGUGUUUGCAAAUUGUCCGCUUAAUGGCACUUCUACCAGGGAGCAAGGACCAUCCCGACAUGUUUACCUGACAUAUGAAAAUCUGUUGUCUGAACCUGUUGGUGGUAGAAAAGUAGUUGAAAUGUUUCUUAAUGACUGGAGUAGCAUUGCCCGAUUAUAUGAGUGUGUGUUGGAAUUUGCACGUUCUCUACCAGAAAUACCUGCUCAUCUGAAUAUUUUCUCAGAAGUCCGUGUUUAUAAUUAUCGAAAACUUAUCUUAUGUUAUGGAACCACCAAAGGAAGCUCAAUUAGUAUCCAGUGGAAUUCCAUUCACCAGAAAUUUCACAUUUCUUUGGGAACAGUUGGCCCCAACUCAGGUUGCAGUAACUGUCACAAUACCAUUCUCCAUCAACUUCAAGAAAUGUUCAACAAAACACCAAAUGUGGUUCAGUUAUUACAGGUUUUGUUUGAUACUCAGGCACCGUUAAAUGCCAUCAACAAACUCCCUACUGUUCCAAUGUUGGGCUUGACCCAGAGAACUAACACCGCCUACCAGUGUUUCUCCAUAUUACCACAAUCAUCCACCCACAUCAGACUGGCCUUCAGGAACAUGUACUGCAUUGACAUAUACUGCCGUAGUCGAGGCGUCGUGGCAAUACGGGACGGUGCCUAUAGUCUUUUUGAUAACAGCAAGUUAGUUGAAGGCUUCUAUCCUGCACCAGGAUUAAAGACUUUCCUGAACAUGUUUGUUGAUAGCAAUCAAGAUGCUCGGAGAAGAUCUGUAAAUGAGGAUGAUAACCCUCCUUCUCCUAUAGGAGGUGAUAUGAUGGAUUCUUUAAUAUCACAGCUCCAGCCACCUCAGCAACAGCCAUUUCCAAAGCAGCCAGGGCCAUCAGGCGCUUACCCUCUUACUUCACCCCCUACAUCCUAUCACAGCACAGUUAAUCAGUCCCCCUCUAUGAUGCACACACAGUCCCCAGGAAAUCUGCAUGCUGCCAGCUCCCCCAGUGGGGCUUUGAGAGCCCCAUCACCAGCGUCAUUUGUUCCAACUCCUCCCCCAUCCUCGCAUGGAAUCUCAAUAGGACCAGGGGCAAGUUUUGCUAGUCCGCAUGGAACCCUUGACCCUAGUUCUCCAUACACUAUGGUGUCACCAAGUGGACGAGCAGGAAACUGGCCUGGGUCUCCUCAAGUAUCCGGACCCUCACCAGCAACCCGUUUGCCUGGAAUGUCACCAGCUAACCCAUCUCUGCAUUCUCCUGUUCCAGAUGUUUCUCAUUCCCCUCGAGCUGGCACAAGUUCCCAGACAAUGCCAACCAACAUGCCUCCACCUCGAAAACUACCUCAGCGCUCCUGGGCAGCAUCCAUACCCACCAUUCUCACUCAUAGUGCCUUGAACAUCUUACUGCUACCCUCUCCAACGCCAGGCCUUGUGCCUGGCCUGGCAGGUAGUUACCUUUGUUCCCCACUUGAGAGAUUCCUUGGAUCUGUCAUCAUGAGACGACACCUUCAAAGAAUUAUCCAACAGGAAACGUUGCAACUGAUCAAUUCCAAUGAACCUGGUGUAAUCAUGUUCAAGACAGAUGCCCUGAAAUGCAGAGUAGCCCUUAGUCCCAAAACCAACCAGACCCUUCAGCUAAAAGUGACACCUGAAAAUGCAGGACAAUGGAAACCCGAUGAGCUUCAAGUUUUGGAGAAAUUCUUCGAAACAAGAGUUGCAGGACCACCAUUUAAAGCCAACACACUUAUAGCCUUCACCAAGCUGUUGGGAGCGCCGACACACAUCCUCCGGGACUGUGUGCAUAUAAUGAAGUUGGAGCUGUUCCCAGACCAAGCAACUCAGCUGAAAUGGAAUGUUCAGUUUUGCCUCACCAUUCCUCCCAGCGCUGCGCCAAUGAUGGUCAGCAACAUUCUGAAGAGGUUUGCAGAGAUGAACCCUCCACGACAAGGUACAUGAGCAGUAGAUGGUAUUUUGUUGCAUAUAUGUUAUAACACUUCCUUUGAGAGAGACCUCCCUCCCAUUCCCUCUCUUAUCCCUCCUCCCCUACACUGCAUCUGAAUUCUAGUACUAGUACUCUGUUGCCAUGGCCCUCUUAGUGUCUGCCUGUCGCUUUCUUUCUUUCUCACUGGUUCUUCAUUUUUGUCCACUUCUCUGCUGCCUGGACUUCAUUUUUGUUAGCAAAUUACUAUUGGGACUGAGCCAGUUGCCAAUGUCAGAAGCUUGUAUUUAUAGCACACAUUGCCACAAAGCCCUAGGUUAGGAUGAUAGAAUUUUCCGUGGCUGAGAAUGCCUGCCUUGCCAUCAUUACCUGCCACUCUGUACAUCACAAAGUUGGAAUGCAUGUUGGUUUCUCAUACUCCAUGGUUCGAUCAUGAAUAGAAUACUAUUAUCAAAAGUUGUGUAUCUUCUAAAUGUUUUGUGAAGAAUAAAAGCUGAUACAAAUGGCA